CGCAGAUAGAGAGAUUUUCCCCCCAGUCUAACGGGAUAGCUUUCCCGUCUUGCCUCCGACUGUCUCCGCCUGCACACACGCACUUGGAAUAUACCCGUGCAUUCUUCAGAUUUGUUCCUCUUAAUAACUGUGGGUGUUUGGACUUCAUCGCUUAAAAGUCUACAGCGACUAAAGGUUAAGAGUAGGAUGCGCGGCCAAUAUGGCGGACUGGGCGCAUGUGCAGUGGCGGCUACAGUUCUCUUUCUAGCCACUGCCGCCGCCCAACAGGACUACUAUGAGGUCGACCCAGACACAGCCGACCUCUUAGACGCUCUCCAGCCGCAAUAUGAACCAGAGUCCGACCUAGACUUUGGCUACGGGAAGCGUCACAGUGACUACGCCUUCGGCCUUGGAAAGCGCACCCCCAGCUAUGCUUUCGGACUGGGCAAACGCCAGAAUAUGUACUCCUUUGGCCUUGGCAAGCGUUCAGAUGGCUUCAGCCUCGGCUUUGGCAAGAAAUCAGGCCACUAUAACUUCGGUCUCGGGAAAAGAAGUGUCAGGGGCCAGAUGGAGCCUCCGGAAACCUCAGUGGUGGAAGAGGCUGAGGAUGCGGAUAAGAUGAGAAAGAAGAGAGAGGCGAAUGAGAACGAAGGGUCUGCGCACGACAAGGACAAGAGGGCGAGCCAGUACACCUUCGGACUGGGCAAGAGGCCAGAUGCUGAAGAGAGCAACAAGAGGGACAGGCUAUAUGCCUUCGGUCUAGGCAAGCGUGUCUCGGAGGACAAGAGAGACCGAACUUACUCCUUUGGUCUGGGCAAGAGGGACAAUGACUUCGAGAAACGGCAGCGUGACUACGCCUUUGGACUUGGCAAACGAGACCUCGAUGAUGAUUUGGACAAGAGGGCUAACCAAUACGCAUUCGGACUCGGCAAACGGGCGAAUGAAGACGAGGACGCAGCCAGCCUUUUUGCAUUCGGACUCGGCAAGCGGCCGUCGGCAUACAGUUUUGGCCUCGGCAAGCGAAGUGACGGCGAAGACGAAGAGUACGACUCCUACGUGUUCGGUGAUGACGACCAGGAAGGCCAGUCUGAGGAAUACGACGACGAAGACGCGAAGAGGUCCCUCUCUUAUGGCUUUGGCUUGGGCAAGAGGAACGAAGUCCCUGAUCCUGAAACAGAGAGAAAUUCUUAUGACUUUGGUCUCGGGAAGAAAUCAGGACACUACGCUUUCGGUCUUGGCAAGAGAGCAGGACCUUAUGAAUUUGGUCUUGGAAAAAGGGCAGGCCCUUACGAAUUUGGUCUGGGUAAGCGUGCAAGUCCUUAUGAAUUUGGUCUUGGAAAGAGAGCUGGACCAUAUGAAUUUGGUCUUGGAAAGAGAGCCGGACCUUAUGAAUUUGGUCUUGGAAAGAGAGCCGGACCUUAUGAAUUCGGUCUAGGAAAGAGAGCAGGACCUUACGAAUUCGGUCUAGGAAAGAGAGCCGGACCUUAUGAAUUCGGUCUAGGAAAGAGAGCCGGACCUUAUGAAUUCGGUCUAGGAAAGAGAGCCGGACCUUAUGAAUUCGGUCUAGGAAAGAGAGCCGGACCUUAUGAAUUCGGUCUAGGAAAGAGAGCCGGACCUUACGAAUUCGGUCUCGGUAAGAGGGCCGGCCCUUACGAAUUUGGGCUUGGUAAGAGAGCUAGUCCCUAUGAAUUUGGUCUGGGAAAGAGAGUAGGAGCUUAUGAAUUUGGACUUGGCAAGAGAGCAGGACCAUAUGAAUUCGGUCUCGGAAAACGUGCUGGGCCUUAUGAAUUCGGUCUUGGCAAGAGAGCAGGACCUUACGAGUUCGGCCUCGGCAAGCGCGCGGGUCCCUAUGAAUUUGGUCUCGGCAAACGAGCAGGCCCGUACGAGUUCGGCCUCGGCAAGAGGGCGAGCCCCUAUGAGUUCGGUCUGGGCAAGCGGGACGACUGGUACGACAUCGGCAAGAAGGCGGGCCACUACUCCUUCGGGCUGGGCAAGCGGAGCGGCCAGUCGGCCUACGGCUUCGGCAAGAAAGCUGGCCACUAUUCCUUCGGGCUGGGCAAGCGCUCCGCCGGGCCCUACGCUUUCGGGUUGGGCAAGAGAGAUGCGAGAGGCGCCCUGGACCUCGAUCAGUCGCCAGCAUACGCCUCCGACCUGGGCAAGAGGAUAGGCUCGGCGUACAGCUUCGGGCUCGGCAAACGCGGCUCCAGCGACCCCACCGCCGAGCACGAAGAGGGCGCGGACGGACAAGAAACGGAAGAUCAAUCAUCGUCUUAAACAUACUCUCUAGGCCUACUCAAAAGACAAAUUUAACAAAAAAAAUGAGAUAUAUAAAAAUAUAUAUAUAUAAUAAACUAAUACGAGUUACCAGUGACGCGCUUCGCUCUACAUAACCUCCCCCCCCCCCCCUACUCCCGCUCCUAAUCCCGCUUCCGCUCAGAUACCUAAGUCUACAACCGAUGCUUCUUCAGGUUUACGAGUACAGUUUCAGCGCACGGUCGGUUCUGUCAAGAUGAGAUCCGAACGCCACAGUUUCGAUGAGGCUAACUUACCGACCAGCCGAGUCGGGUCAUGCUUCCGUAGGUUCUCCCUCUUACACUUGAGUACGGUGGAAAGGGGAAAGGAAUACGCCGGUUUGAGAAACAGUGGGAUGAGUGAAGGAUGUUUGAUAGAGAGCAUUAGAUUCUAUCCAGUUUUGUUUACUUUUGCUGGGACUUACUCUUGUUUAUCUCUUAAAUGAUUUACGAAAACGCUUUUGUGAAGAGGAGAAUUCUCACAUACAACUAAAUAUGCACAUUUUACCUGUGACAUACAAAUUUGUGAUGAUAAGUUUCGAUUGUUUUUGCAAAGUCAGUAUAGUUAUAUUAUUUUAUCUAAGAUUCCACUAGGACUGAGAGAGAGAGAGAAAGCGAGUGAGUGUGAGAAAGGCCGACAGACAGAGAAACAGACAGACAUAAGACACAGGAGAAAAACAAAUAAGACCA